UAGGCAUGUGCGAAGCUUCGAUAGUACAAUCGAAUUCGAAGUUUUUUUAAUAUUCGAUAACACUUCGAAACGAUAUGAAGUAUUCGCAUUAAACGAAGCUUCGUCGUAUCAUUCAAGUUGUGACGUCACGUGCGAUUUAUUUUCUGUUAACUUCGGAAGAUCGACCUAUCGCUCGAACGUGACGUCACUAUCGAUUAAUCUAAAGUGUUGUGUAAGUAAACACAACUAAAAUGCUGCAUUUGUCGGCUACCGUGGGUUUUCAUAAUUUUAUCUAACGAAAUUAAAAAUGGAUAAAGGUGCAGACGGUUCAUUACAAGCGAAAGAAGUACCGUCAAAAAGAAAGAAACGUAGUGCAAUAUGGAAUUAUUUCACAGAUGUUGGCGAUUGCUCCGCACAAUGCGAUUGUUGCAAACAGUCGUUCAAAUGUCCGCGUGGUAGGUUAUGUAACUAGGUUUUUUUUUAUAAUAAGGGUUUAAUAAUUUGUGAAUAGUGUACACAUUGAUGUUAUAAUUUAUUAUUUGGAUGGUAGUAUCUUCACCGAACGCAAUGCAACCGCUAACGUAAAAAAAGAAGAAAGUAAAACACGUCCCAUCGCAACCACUCGUGGAAUGUUUACGUUUCGCACUACAACAACACUUCAGAACCAUUUGGAGGCAAAACAUGCUGUGUUGUACAAGGAACUAAUGAAAGACAAAGAAAAAAUUCAUGAGCUUGAAGGAACUUGUGCAAAAAAAAAACCAGUGCUGCAGCCUACUUUAACUGAAAUGUUCAGAAGUACGCAGAAGAUGUCACCAUCCGACCCUAAAGCACAGAGCAUAACCAAACAAAUUGCCAAAAUGGUGGCAACAGAACUUUUGCCGUAUGAGUUUGUAGAAGGGUGUGGAUUUAAAGAGUUAAUGGGUCACAAAAAUGUUGCACCUACAUACACAGUACCAUGUAGAACUACAUUUUCUGAACAUUAUAUUCCAGCUCUUUAUGAGGAAACAAAACACUCUCUCAAGAAAAUGCUUGUACAAGAUUUACCAACAAUAUCAUCCAUUGCAUUUACAUCUGAUGGCUGGACUUCUCGCUCAACUGACAGUUACAUUAGCCUUACCUGUCAUUAUCUCCGACCUGACUUCACGUCUGUGUCAUUUGCAAUGAGUAACACUGUUGUAAAUGAAUCCCACACAAGUGUUCAGGUGGCUACUACCAUAAAAAAUGUUCUUAUUGACUGGGAAAUUGAUCCAGCAGUGACAUCUAUCCCAUUAUUCUGCAUCACUGAUAAUGCCCAUAAUUUCAGACAGGCUUCUGUGUCAUUAUUUAAAGAUGGUUCCAGAUCAUGUUUUGCUCACACCCUUCAAAUUGCAAUUGAAAACAGUAAGAAUGAUUGCCCGGGUACAACCACACUUCUUAGUAAGGCCAGGAGUAUAGUUGGUCAUUACCGAAGAAGCACUCGUGCUAGGAAAAGACUUCACACAUUCCAGGAACAGUUGAACAUGCCAAAACUAGAAGUAAUUCAACAUAUUGAUACACGUUGGUGUUCAGAGUACCAAAUGCUCAAGAGACUGCUGGAAAUGAAACCUGCUCUUGUAGCCGACCACGUGAACUCUGGCGAUACAGACAUGCUGACCGCCUUGGAAUGGAAACAUGCUGAAAACUUUGUUCAAGUUUUACAACCACUUGCAGAAGCCACAGAAGAAAUGAGUGGAAACACUUAUCCAACAUUGUCCAUGAUCAUUCCAGUACUUCACUGUCUUCUUUGUAGCCUUGAAUCACACAUCACUGCCAAAAAAGAUGGCAUGACACUUGCAAGAGCAUUGCAUAAAAAUCUAAAGUCAAGAUUUCCGAACUACAUGCAAGAACCCCUACAGCGUGCUGCAAUGUUGGUUGAUCCAAGAUUUAAAGGAGUGCUUCUAUCUACAAUUGAAUCGGAAGCCAUUCUUUUGUCAGAGAUAAAAAGUUUAAAAACUGAUUCCAAUCCUGUACAAGAGGCUAAAUCUAGCAUUCCAAACUCUGCACCAACAUCUUCUCUAUGGGCUGUCUUCGAUAGUAUUCCAAUGCAAGAAAAUAAAGAUUAUGAUGAAGGAGAAGAAGAAGUGCGGAGGUACCUAAAAGAACCUCGUAUCAACAGACAUGACAAUCCAUUAAAUUGGUGGAAAAAUGAAGGUACAAAGUACCGAUAUUUAUCCAAAGUAGCUCUGAAGUAUCUGGGGGUUCCUUCCACACAAGUAAAUUCAGAGCGUCUCUUUUCAGCAGCUGGAAAUGUUGUUUCAGCACGAAGAGAAAACUUGCUACCUCAGCAUGUCGAGCAAUUGGUGUUUUUACAUGCCAACUUGAAAUAAAAGCUAACCUGUUGACCGGAUAUAAGAGCCUAGUGUGUAAAUCUUUCAAUGGUGUUUUGUGUGUGUAUAGUAUUAGUCAUUUUUAAAUAUUUGUAGAACAUACUUCGUUUUGUUUGUUCUCCAAUUGAACAUGGGGGUUAAAUAAUUUUUCCCAGUGUUAUAAAAAUUUAUUAAACUUAAAACAAUGAAAACUUUUUGAUGAUUGAAAAGAACAGUGAUUAAUUUAAGAUGUGCAAUUGUGUACAUGUACAUGUUUUUAUGUAGAGAUUUUUCAAAAUGAAUUACAUGCUUCAUGUUUGUAAAUAGAACUUAAAUUAAAGCUGGAAUUUUAUUUAAUGUAGAGCAUUUUUACACUCUGUAUUAAUGGGGGUUGACAGUUGAUAUUAAAAAUAAAAACUUUUUUUUUUUAUGGUUUUGAAAAGCAACUAUUCGCAUUCGAUUCGAAUUCGCACAAAUAGUUAUUAUUCGCUUCGCAAUUCGCUUCGCAAUGAAAAUUUGACAUUCGCACAUAUCUAAUAAACACAUCUUAACUGUCUCGCUGUAACAUUUAGUAAUUACAAGACUGCCAAUCAUGGAAGUUUUUGAUGUAUUUUAAAAACCGGAAUUCAGUUUACUGCACUAUAACGGCACAUAAAAUACAAAAAAAUACAAAAUUGUGUAUGUUCAAACAAACGUUCACUUAAAUUUGAGUAUUAUUUACAGCACAGUUACUAUAGGGUAUGUGUCAUAUGUCUAGGCAUAAUGAUUUAUAGUUUUAAAACUUGUAAAUGUGUAUACAGGCUCACAACAUAAUUUAUUGCCAGACACACGGCCACAAAUCCAGCUGCUUAAAUUGUCCUUUACUGGUGCAUGAUGUCACAGAAGUGGCCAUGUAGUGACGUACUGUCUUCGCUGGUGUUUGAAAUGAGUGAUUUUCAGACUGUUAUUACUUCACAUCAGCUUUAUAUUUAAAAUUGUACUUACCGCAUCAGAGUUUUUCAUGCAGUUUCUAUAGGUUUUCUAACUGAAAAUCACUGGGGGCCUUCCCAUUAAAAAAACAUUUGCAAAGUUUUUUAAUUUUUACUUUUAAAGGAUUUUAAAGAAUCACAUUUUUUGGUGUGAUCCGUUAAGCUCAUUAAAAAAGCCAAUUUAGUGAUAUUUUCUAAAAUGAAAGUUUUUUUUUAUAACAUGGAAUAGUUACUACAGCCAGGUAACUGCAGAUCUGUUAUUACAAGAAAAAUGCAAUUUGUUUUUAAUAGACCCAUGCGAGUAUCAAAUUUUUAGUUUGAAUUGAAUAUGAAUACCAAAUUAAAUUAUUCUUGAAUACGAACAUUGAAUUUGAAAAGUAAGCACUAAAUAUACCACUAAAAAUUUUUUUCCCCUCAUGUAACACAUGCCAUCGCCCGGGGUCUCGUGUUCGAGACCGGGCAUGUGUCCUAGGUGUUUCUCCGGGUGGGCGCCAGGCUAGCUGCUCUAACCAUGAUGUGGGUGUGGGUAUUUCGCCCCUUGCGUGAUCUACUAGGACCGUCGGCGGUACUUAGUACAAAUAAUGUACACAGGUUUUCUGAGACGUCUUUUAAUUGUGCAGCGCGCACUGAUUGGGCAUAGCCUGUACUCUACGAAUGUUUGCAAUUACAUACGAAGUUACACGAUACCUUACACAGGAAGUUACAUGACACAUUACACUGAAAAACUACAUAGGUUAAAAAGGCACUGCUUCCUACGUGAUACCCUGUCAGUGGUGAUUGGAGGCAGCCAAUCCUGUACAUUACAAUCGAGUGGAGGCCGGGCUCACCUGUGUGAGCCGCGGUCCGAAUUAAAUUUAGCGAACAAGUCUGUUACGCGGUUGAUAUCGUCACUCGUGUACCUGACACAUUAAAUAAAGUUCUGAGUCCUCGGGAGUCGGCCCGUGCCGUGAAGUGACUACACUGUGGGUCUUAAGUCACACGUGAGCAUGACGUUAAGCGGCCGAGCUAAGCCCUGCACCGGAAAAGGACGCGGGGGGUAGUUAAGAAAAAGGGUUAGUACAAUGAGUUAUAAUUACCAGAAUGCACAGUUCAGUGAAGACAAAAAUGUAGCUACCCGUGGAACACUAGGUCCACCCCGGUUCGCAAGUCACGCGGUACUGACGUCUGGCCCUGGCGCGAGGGAGGGGGUGAGCACUCUUUCGUGCCAAGGUUCCUAAAGUGCCGUUAUUCGAAAAAUAUGAAACUUGAGUAAGUUAUGAUUGUACACAAAUUCUAUUAAUAAUUAUAUAUAGGCAAAUUAGGCGGCAGAAGGCCUAUACUAAUUAUGAUAAUGACAUUUACGUAAAAUUAUGUUUGAAAAUCCAAAGUCACACUAGAGACUGUUCGUCACUUGUUGGCUACUCUAGUGAUUGCUUAUGCGUAAAAUCGUGGAGGCCUAAUUUGGUAGAUAUAACACUACACUUGAUUAAGGCGGAAGGCCGCAAGGGGGACACUCACGCUCAUAGAUGAACACGUUCCCGCGGGAGUGACCCGGGCACUCCUGCGUCGCACUUUCCCCAGACGGGGUUGGGAAAUUAUAUAAAAAUCACUGGUGAGUGGCGUCUAAUAAUUAGGUGUGGGGGUCAAGCGGUAUGGUGAUUAAGUGCCAAGGCAACAGUUUUACCUUAGAGUUGGGAGGCUUGCAUGACUCAGGUUUUGGCUAGGGGUGCGUUACAUCAGCGGGGUCAGAUGCUGGCGGUUGCAGGUCGGGCUUAAGGCGGCCUUCGGCCGGACGACGUCACACAUACGUAGUGAAAGAAAAAGUUUUAUUAUUAUUUUGUAGUGGCUUCUGGGAAAUCAGACAAUGAAUACCAAAGUGAAAGUAUAUCAUUGCAUAACUCCUGUCCCCUGGUAAUAAUAACCACAUUUUGAUAAAAAUGUGUUAGUUUGCUUAUAUGAUUUUUUUUAUUAAGGAUUCAUAAUCAUUUUAUAAUCAUAUUUCAUCUAUUGUUCAUAGGCAUUUAAGGUACUUUGUUUAUUCUAAAUAAUCUUAAUUAAUAAUUAUUAAUUUUGGUUAGGUUUUACGUAAAGUUUUAUCCUUCUAUUGCUAUUUGUUGAUGGUUAAAUUAAUGUGUAUUAAUUAUGUUCAGAUAUUUACUGGGUAUACUAUACUUCAAAAUACUAGAAGGUAAUGUUUGAAUAGGAUAGAAAGACAAGGGUGCGACACUGUGGUGCCAACUCAGGAAAAUAAGUAACUUUUUUUUCUGGGAAAACAUUCACAUAGGCAUGUGACUGUGCAACAACGUAGUAAAUAUUCACUGGGCGCUAUUUCGGCAGCCAAUUAGGACAAACUAUACUGUGGGGUGAUGUGACUCUCCAGAAUUUCAUGGUACAAUAUUCAUAUUUAUCAACCUUAAAAAGCUAACCUUGAAACUGAAAGGAGUACAUAGUUUCCAUAUAUGGUCAUGUGUGUUAUGAUAGGUCAGUUGGUCCAGGGGGCUGCCUCCCUUUGUUUUCACCUUUUUAAGGGAAGGUAGCUGUGUUCUUCAACCAGUUGUCGCUUGAUUUUCUUCCAUUCUGGUUGCGUCAUCGGCAACUCACUGAAAUUCUUAUGGGAGUGUGAGAUGGAUAACAUAAUACCUGCUGGUUGGUGUUUGGGGCCAAGCCGAUUUUUAACUCUCUAUCCCACCCCCCCCCCCCUUUUUUUUUGUUUUGGAAAAACUUGAAAUGUGACCCCAGGCAUUGGCUUCGGCCCAGGGCAACCCUGAUCAUUCAUGACUAAUUUACUUCAGUUAAAAACUUCAACUGAAGGAUUUCAGUUAUUAUUAUUUUUUUGGUUAUUAUUAUUAAGCAGCAAAGUUCAUGUAAUGGCAAUCUUGAACUGGAACUGUACAUGGUAUGUAAAUUGUGAUCAAUGUUUUGGUGGCGAAGAAUAAAACAAAAUAGUGUUUAAAACUAUUUUUUUUUUGCAGACAGAGAAAAAAAACUUUCCUAUUUAAUGAAUAGUUAAUCAUAACUUUUGGUGAAAAGAAGGACUUCAAAUAAUUUGCAGUGUCAUUGCAUAUCAAUGGGAUGAAAUUUUCAAGUGUAUCAGGAAAUUGUUACUGUGCUUUACCUGGCCAAGCCAACCGGGAAUGUAUGAAAGGUUGGCUUAAUUAGGUCAACUACAAUAGUUACAUAUGAAAUGUUUGUUGAAAUGUUUAAAUUUUUGAAAAGAAAAAAAAAGUGCAUUUAUGCAACCAACCUUACCUAAACAAACUUUCACUUCAGUUUUUAUUGGCAUUAUUCCCUCGAAAAAGCGUACUCUACAUAUUGAUACAGAAAAUUUUGACCAAUUGCAAAAAA